AUGGCUUCAAAGUAUCACUACGAACACGCAAGAUUACUCUACGCCCGUCUCAAGGCUGAAGCCGGCGACUACCCGCACUGGAAUGGAUUACACAUCUACGACAUGAUCAAGGAGGGUGUUAGCGACGAACACAUCAAAGCCGAGUGGAGUGGCACUGUGUUGGUGUAUCAAGACUCAUCGGGCGGAGCGGCAGACGUCUUUUCGCGCUUGAGUCGUUUCGGUGUUACUCGUCAUGGCAUUGACCAAAAUUCUGUCGCAGAAUGGAUGGAAGAUGGGAUGUCAGAACGAACCAUCGCCUUGCAGUACCUUCUUCACGCACUGGAGCCAACUACCGAGGAUACAAAGGCAUGCUUAGCUGAGCUCCAACGUCAAAUGGGCCCUUGUCCAUUGAUGACGGAAGAGUACAUCCUCGGAUGCAUGAAAGACCGUACCCUUGGCGAAGACCUUGCUAUGGAGUAUGCAAAGCGCCGACAAGAAGCGCAACUGGCAGAUCAAACAGACGUCCCAGGACCAAUGUCCGACGAGGACUUAUGGCUCGAGCUGCAUUACGGUCUUCUAUACGCUACCACGAAACUUCCGUCGGAGCCCGUCGUUUUGCGGCAUCCACGGCACUCCGUGCAUCAAUACAAGAUGUACUUUAACGACGGGCCUGGUAUUGACGAUGGCCUCUUCAACGCCAAGACGAGAAGAUUGGCCAGAGACACGGUCAUGAGGCUAGAUUGGCGACUGGACCCAUUCAUCAAAGCAGGCGGUCACCCAAUAGCCUUGCGAACAACCGUUACGUCGGAUCAUCUGGCCGCAUACCGGAAGAUACGUAAAGAUAUCAUAGGUGAUGAGAGCAACACAGAUGUGGAGAGUCAUAGCGAGCGCUUGCAAUUCCUCAUGGGCCUAGCGGCAAAGUUACAUCCAAAUCUAGCCUCACCGCCUAUGCAGUCUACUGAUGUGGUAGCACCAGUGGAAGCGUUCUCCAAAAGCCUCUGGACCGAAAUGGAACGUCACGCCCUCUGGCGCGCCAUCAACAAGUGGUGCAAGGAUAAUGGUGUAGAUCGAUUCGAAACAGGCAACAUAGGCAUGGUCACAUGUCAGACUUUUGCUGACGAGAUCAAAGCAGAUUGCACGGCCAGAGGCACCGAAUCAGUGCGCAGUGCAGAGAGCGUCCAAAGCCAAGUAAAAGACGCGAUGCGGAGGGCCAAGGCGGUAGCGAACAAGCCGAUCACGGAGCUGGCCUUGCGUGCAAGGGCAAUGAAAAAGAAACUCAUCGACAAAGGCGUCGACUCUGUUCCAAAGAGCGAAAGCCCUGAAGAGAGGCAAAAUGGCAUCCAUCUACACUCUGUAGAAGACGAAGCGAUCUACAAGGCCUCGUUCAUUCGCUACCGGAACGCCGCGAUGCCGAAUCUACUGUCUCAUAUUGUGCAACUCUGCGAGAAUACUACCGAGUUGGACUCUCGUUGCAGCGUACCUCAGGUCUUCAUCAACAGGCCCAUGCUAGACGAAUACAUCAGGAUCAGCGGGACGUAUGCAGGUGGCCUAGAAACCGAUACUCCACAGCCUUGGGAGUCGCAGACUGCUCUCUGGGAGUUCAUCUCAAAGGCAGUAAGCGAGAAGUUCAUUCAUCGUGGGGUUCUGCGCAGCCAGGAUACUGUUGUGCAGUCGUUCGAUCGAGUCACUCUGGGCAGCGGAAAUUUCCCAACACCGCCCUCCGACGACGAGCGCGCAGAGUUGAUGCUGUUUCAGCGACUCAUUCAGCGUCGACUGGCUGGAGCAGACGAUGGCACAGCGUAG